AAGUAGAAACGGUGAUGGUUGGGUUUUGCAUUGGCCUCUGGUCGCCCCAAGCCUACUUAUACGCCAAUCAAAAGGAUGCCGGACCUCGUGAAAUGCCGGAGGCUUGUUUCUUCUCUCCACACGCUACCCCAGAAAGGGCUCGUGGUUGGGGUUGUGGGGUCCACGUGCUUGGGGUGGUCGUGAGGAGGAGGAGUGUUACUCCGGCGGAACGGAGAAUCAGAGCAUAGCGCCCCCUCAUUAGCUUAGCUUGGACCUUUUGUCGUUUGGCCGAUUGUCCGACGGUUCUACCCUCUGCCUCAUCCUUCCCUCUGCAUUUCUCCUGUAGAUGCUCACCAAUCUCCGUCGUCCCACGAAAGCAAGCUGUCGCCAGCAUUGGCACGAUGGAGACAGAAUCUCCUGCGACACCAAGCCGUCAAUAUCGGACCAGGAGGCGGACGCUCAACAGUCGAGCGUGUGAUCGCUGCCGUCGGAGAAAAGCCAAGUGCGAUACUCUGAGCCCACAGGUCCCUUGCUCUUCCUGUCGACUAGCUGACGCGCCAUGUACCUUUGAACUCCCAUUGGCAAGGCGAGGACCAAAGGCAAGACAUCGGGCUGGCACCUCUUUGACCGCAACCGAGGAAGAGUCAACCAUCAUCGCCAUUGACGAUGAGACGACUGCCCAGGCUGAGGAGGAUGCAGAUGACAGGCUGAACUCGACGACACUGCUCAUGCAGGAACCUGGUCAAGGUGGCUUUGGCAACGGCGCUUCUAUAUCGGCAUCUCCAGCGGCUUCAUGGGCUGGGUCACUGGUCGAGCAACCUCCGCUCACGGCCCUGCAGCGUUGGCAACGGCUGUCUCUCGCCUUGUCGCUCGCCAAUGCGGACCCGGACCAGAUUGUGUCUCGAUGCGUCGAUCUUUUCUUCAAAUAUCUCUACCCUCUGACACCGUUGGUCCAUGAGCCAGGCCUACGCAGCGACCUAGACAACUUUGCUUCGGGGAGCAGCCUCACAGAGAUAGGUGCAUGGCGAGCCGACUCGGCCUUUACGCUGAUCACGGCCGUCUGCGCAGAGGCUGCCUUCCUGCUACCGAGCGACGUGUUCCCUGAGAGCAACGAGGCGGUUGGCCACAUCUUCCUCCGCGCCUCGCGAGACUGCCUCCACAGCUAUCUGGAAGCUGAUCUUGAGUCACCUGACGCCAACUCGAUCGCCAUACGAUACUUUCACUCCAACUGCAUCCAUGCCACGGGAAAGCCCAAGUACUCGUGGCACAUUUUUGGGGAAGCCACCCGUCUUGCGCAGGUCAUGCAGUUGCACAAAGAGUCUUCUCUGGAAGGCCUCGCGCCGCUCGAGGCUGAAUUCCGCCGCAGGGCAUUCUGGAUCGUGUACAUGGGGGACAAGUCAGCAGCGAUCCUCAACAACCGCCCCAUCACACUCCACCGCUUCUCGUUUGACGACGACCUCACGACCGCCUUCCCCAUGGGGUUGGAUCACGAGUCUUCGAAUCUUUCCGCAGUGUCUCCCGAUACGCCGUCUUCGCUGCCCAUGCAGAGCAGUAGUCUCAUCACUGGAUUCAACGCGAACCUCCAACUAUGGCAAGCCGCUUCCGAACUCUUGCUUGAGCUCCGUCUGCUGCAAGACACGCAAAGGGACUCGAUGGUCACUGGCUUGCUGGCACGCUCGGCGCCCAGUGUCGAGCAGAGACAGCGACUUGACGCAUUAUAUGUCCACUUCACCACUUGUCUGGACGAGUUGCCAGCGUACUUGCAGUCGUGCACCCUCGCCACUGCCAGCGGACAGAGCCUCAUGCAUACAACUCAGCUUGUGAUCCAAUGCGCGAAUCUGCAAGUGUCCUUUCACUGUCUUCGGAUGGUCAUCACGCAACGCUUCGAAGACAUGUCCUACCACGGCACGAGUCUCGAGCAAGCCGACCUGCGUCGCACGGAAAUCGCCCGGGACAUGUUGCGCGUCAUGCAGGAGGCUCCCUUUUGGAGUCUGCAGGUCAACGGCGAGCCGUACGUUGAAAAGAUUCGCUUGAUUGGCGCCAGCCUUCUCGCUAUUGUGCAUCGAAAUCCAGGUUCGCCGCUAGCCACGAGGGCGAGGGCGGACUUUAUGGUGCUGCUCGACACGCUCACCAGGCUCGACAGCAAGGCUUCUGACGCGUUGAGAAGCAACAUGAUGUGAGGUGUUGUUAAUACGAUGCGUCAUUUGCGUCGGCCGGGGGCAACUCAUUAAUUGUCCGGAUCAUCUGGCAACCUGA